AUGAGGGAAGAAGACUUAAGAAAUCGUAAAUCAUCAGAAGGGAAUCUGAAAGAAUCUUUGAGAUCAAUCGAUCCCAGGCCCGUAAAUAUCCGUUCCAAAGUUAUGGACUCGGUGGAGUUGAUUGAUUUGGAUUAUGUUUUGGUAUCUGGUCCACUAGGGGAUACUUCAUCUGUAGCAAGUGUUAGUAAAGUGAGCCAAAAAGCAUUUAAAUCAGGAAUCCCACCUGUAUAUUCUAGGGUGAACAUUCAUUCAACACCUAGUGCACCUUUGCCCAUCAUUGGUGGGACCUCUAGUAAAAUCCGGUUGACCGGGAGAUUUGAAAGUCAAUGCUCUGCAUCCUCUGGAACAUCUCAUGGAUCGGUUGAUAUAGUUGAUGCUUUAGAAAAACCAUCAACUGACAGCAUGACAAAAAUCAAGUCAUUGCAUGAUUGUGCCUCUGCUAUCUCUGACUUGGUCAAUGAGAAGAUUGAGUCUGGGAAUCGAAUUGAAGCGUUUUCAAUUCAGCUUGUGAUUCUUGCUAUAUGGAAGCAAGCACUGGAUAUCUGUCACACACAGGCUGCUUCAGCUAUUAAAGGAAGUCCAAACCUAGAUAUUUCAACUUCUAACAAGAUCUCAGAAAGGGAACGCGAUAAUACUAAUAUUAAUGAAUGUCUGGAAAAUGCAAAGUUUCCAGAGGAUGUUUGUUCUCAUAUUGAGAGAAUAUUUCUUGGUGAAGUUGAAACUGUCGAGGAACUUACCAAAGUUAUAGAGCCUGUCGAUAUCUCAAAAGAGGAGAAAAAAACGGUGAAUGAUGUUUCCAUUGCUAAAGAAUAUCCAGAUGUUUUUCUCGAAGAAUUGCCUGGACUCCCUCCGGACAAGCAAGUAGAAUUCCAAAUUGACCUUGUGCCUGGUGCUGCUCCGAUUGCAAAAGACCCCUUAUCGUCUUGCUGUUCAUGUCGUGAGCAGCUUCCUAUCGUGCCACCACCAACACCUGAAGACCCAACUGAUGCAGUAUAUGUUGUUUCUGAUCUUUUAGGAGGCCUGGUAGGACAUUCCUUGAUAAUAUGGUCAUCCUUUUUGCAAUAG